AUUUUGCGACGACGACGCCUCUCGAAUGAAUCGCGUGGACCGUUUAAAUUCAAAAGGUAACGGCACGCGUUUCCUGGAGGCAGUUUGUCACGAGCGUAUGUAGCGUGCGUGGAUUUUUGUCGUGCAAUAAAUUGACAUCUUGUAACGAUUAAGGCAAAACAAACACAUUGGAACAAUGAGUGGCCGACCGGAAUGGAAGCCAAUGGUCGAAAAAACGAUCGUCGAGCUCGAACAGACGCUCGAAGAGCUGCAAAAGACCUGGGAGAGCAUAGGUUGCACCAAGGAAACGCGAACUAUGUACUACGAGCAGGCGCACAGUCACAUAAAGGACCUCUUGAACGAGAUGGUGCGUGAGUCACACACAAAGGAGCAGUUGUUGGUGGACAGUAUAAGGGACCUGUUGAAGCAGACGACGACACUGCACACGGAACUGCACCUGGACAUGGUACACAAGACCUACGAGCAGAUUCCCUUGACUGAGGUAGAGCAAAUGCUUCAAGCAGACAUACAAAAUCUGGAGUGCAUGAAAAAGGAACGUAUGAAGGUACUGAUGGACCUUCUAGCGAAGGAGAAGGAAAUUUGCGAGAAACUUGGCGCCAAGAAAUUAAACAUCUCCACAAGCGUCUUGCCCACUGAGCAAGAACUCGAGAGCUUCAAGUCGUAUCUACAGAAACAGGAAGCCGAGAAGGUACGCUUGGAAAAUACUUUCGUAGACCUGCGCCAUUCCAUAAUCAAAAUGAUAGAUGAGCUGGAUGUGUCCCCGUGUUCGUCAUUCGAGCAAUUGGUGUAUGACAAUCCUGAGGGAUUUGUGCUCAGUUCAAAUAAUAUAACGAAACUAAAGGAGCUUAAGGAGAAACUAAAAACGCAAAUAGAAGAAGCAAAGUGCCACGUCGAGAAGGUAAAAAUGGAUUUGUUGGCACUAUGGAAAUAUCUUGAUGAACCCUCCAAUGUUUGUCAGUUAUUCCUUGAUAAGCACUCUGGUUACGACACUGGUACUAUAAAUGCACUCAAUACAGAGAUGAAACGUUGUAAGGAGAAGAGGAAGGAGAACAUUUUUAAGUACGUCACUCAGGUCAGAUUUGAAUUGAUGAACCUGUGGGACUUGUGCAAGUACUGCGAUGUGGAGAGAAACGCAUUUGCGCCAUUUUACUCCAACACAUUCACUGAAGAUCUGCUGAUCCUGCACGAGUUAGAAGCGGAGAGAUUACGCAAAUUCUACAACGAAAACCGGGCGAUAUUUGAUCUUUUAGAUCAGCGUGUAAGCAUCCUAAUGAAAGCAAAGGAGUUACUUCAGCGUGAAAAUAAUCCCGAUCGUUAUCACAAUCGCGGAGGCCAAUUGUUAAUGGAAGAGAAAGAGCGGAAAGUAAUUCAGAAGAAAUUACCGAAAAUAGAAGCAGACUUGAAGCAGUUGAUAAGUGAAUAUGAAACUACACAUAAUCGGGUGUUUACCAUUUAUGGCACACCAUUGGAAAAUGUCUUAGCAGAGUCUUAUGAGAAUAUCAAUCACGAGAAGGAGACAAUGAAAAAGGCGAGAAAAGAAGCAAAAGACAAGUCUGUUAAGAAGUCGCCUAUGUUAAACAGUUCGAAGCGGACGCCGGGAAUGUCUCACUUGAGCGUUCACAGAGGUCCGCUGGCAAGUGCACCGAAGCGCAAAUUAUUCAGUCCGUCUCCCAAUUCCUCGCUGAAACGCAAAAAUAAGAACGAUAAAAGUAAGCCCGUCACCGUCACUGCUUCCAAGAUAAGGAGGAGUGGAAGACUUUUAAAAGCCACCCCAAAAAGAUCAUCCAGAGGUGGACAGAAAAGGAAAGAAUCGGUGUCGCCUGUUAACAGCAUCACGGAUACGACGUACAAUCAGUUCCAAGGCCACAUGACGGACAGAGAAGAAUUACACAGCUCGUUAUUGCCAGAUCAGAUUCUGAAGAGUAUCAGCAAGGCCAGCAAAACACCGAUAGUACGAACACCUAUGAAACCGUUGAGGAAACAUCUCUCUGCAGCCACGACGCCUGUCUCGGCACGCAAAGCGCCGCACAGUCCUAGAAUCGUCAAAACACCAAAAUUAGCGACCGCCCCAAGCAACUUACCCUUCAUUUUUUAAUUGAGAAACAAGAUCAGAGGUUUUUAGCGUAAUGACAAAAAUUCUUUUUACUUGUAGAAACGACACAACGGAAAGUGAUUUAAUAUUAACUUUAAUCGUGUUAUAAAGAUUUGCCUUGCAGGUUUUUAUCACAUGGUACAGUACAAAUGUGGGAUUAGAUGUACAUUGCUGCUCGGUGAAAUUGUAACGUAAAGUGCGAUUGAUACACUUUUGUAUGUAGCCAUGUGCAGUCGAGAUUAAUUUGUAUCAACAUACUCAACUUUCAGUUGUUAAUAAACAUAAGUACUUAUUAUGAAAGGUAAAGAAAAGGUACUCUUCACUUUUUUUCUCACGAUAAUUUUCCUUUCACUGAACAGGAAUGUAUUUUACCAUGCAAUUUUGACAUGCAGCUGUGUUAAGUAGAUUAAAUGAUAAUUAUCGCCGCAUAUCAUUGUAAUUUGCUAUUAGUAAUUUAGCUUAGUAACAUUUUUCUAAACUUUAAAAGAUAAUCUUAAUUGAGAUAACUUUUGUACCUUGUGAAAAACCUUUAUAAGCUCAUUGCAUUAUAAUUUAAAUACUCCUUUAAAAAAACUGUAUAAAAUCAUAUUUUAAUCUUGAAACGUAAUAAAUGUAAUAAAUUGAAUAUAAAAAUUAAAUAUAAAAAAUUGAAAAAAAGAUUACAAGAAAAUAUUUCUUAUAAAGGUACACAAAAAGUCUAUCUUAUUGUAUAUCAUAUUAUUUAUCUUAGCACCAGUAGAAUAGUUAUUAAGCAAGAUAAAAUAUAUGCACUGUUUAACAAAAAUUCGCAUUUAUAGUUAUAUCAGAGAUUAUAUGAAAAAAAGGAGAAAUGAGAUAAAAAGCGUUUUCCAUAUUUUAUAUGUAGACAAUUCUAAUUAGUAAUAUAGAUAAUACUUGCUUGGUUAAUAUUUCAUUAAAAACUUUUGUAAAACGAUACUAACUGUACACUUGUGAUGUAUAAAUAAUGAGAUAGUUUUGAAAUAAAUAUUUAACGCAAU